CUUUCGUGGGAUUGUAAAGAGAACCCCAUGUUCUUGUUCUUCUCUUGAGCUCGUUGAUGCAGAGGUUUAAGCUUUUAUCUUUUCCUUAUUCUGGGAAGGAACUUGCAAAUUUCAAGAAUUUCUGCACUUGGAAGUGAUUAGUUCCCAUCAAGAAGUUACUUGAAGCCACGGAUUGUCUUGGGUAGUCGCCGAUUCGCCAUCUUUCUCGGAACUCCCCAACCAAAUCGUGUUUCGCAAGAUGGUGCAGCUACACUCCGAUUCUGAUGUCACGAGUCUAGACCCAUCCUCUCCAAGAUCCCCAAAGCGCGCAGUUUACUACUACCAAAGCCCUUCAAGAGAGUCCAAUGAUGGGGAUAAAUCGUCCGUGGUGCAUGCUACCCCUGCAUAUAACAGCCCCAUGGAGUCUCCUUCUCAUCCCUGCCAUUCUCGGGGCUCUUCGGAGAGCCGGUUUUCAGGGCCGUUUCGGUCCUCUUAUUGGACCAAAGGGAGUAAUGGGAGGAAGAGGAAUGAGAAGGGUUGGCCUGAGUGUGACGUGAUCCAGGAGGAAGGUGAUUAUAGGGAUGUGUUUGGGGAUAAUGGGCUUUCAAGAAGGUUUCAGGUUCUGAUGGGCGUUCUUGGAUUUGUGGUGAUUUUUAGUGUUUUUUGCUUGAUCAUUUGGAGUGCUAGCAGGCCUUACAAAGCUCAGAUCGGUGUUAAGAGCCUCACAGUGCAUAACUUCUAUGUUGGGGAAGGAUCAGAUUCAACCGGAGUCCCGACUAAGAUGGUGACAAUGAAUUGUUCAAUGAGGAUGACCGUGUAUAAUGAGGCCACAUUUUUUGGCAUUCAUGUCACCUCUACACCUGUCAAUGUUAUGUUCUCGAAGAUAGCAAUUGCAACCGGUCAGCUUAGGAAGUACUAUCAACCAAGAAAGAGCCAUAGGACAGUGGCCGUGGUCCUUGAAGGGGAUAAAGUUCCGCUUUAUGGAGCUGGGGCGAGUCUAACCAUUUCUGAUGGCAACGGAGAAGUUCCGUUGACCUUAGUAUUUGAAGUCCGGUCGCAAGGGAACGUGGUAGGAAAGCUUGUCAGGUCAAAGCAUCGAAAGCGUAUAUCUUGCUCUCUUGUUGUGAACCCUCAUAGCAACAGAAUCAUCAAGUUUAAGGAGGAUUCAUGUACGUAUGACUGAUCAGUCUAGAUCAAACCACAAUUCCUUAAGGGAAGGGCUCGGUGUGACAGUGAGGGAACUCAUUCUAGCUAUCAGCUUUGCUUGCUUUCGGUUAUCUGUUUUAACUUGUCCUUUUAGAGGUAAAAAAACAAAGUGUUCUACAGAUACAUAGCUUCCAAUGGGAGUGAGAAAUGUGCCGGUGCUUAAUUUGUAUUGUAAAGCAGAAAAUGCUGUAUCAGGGGUCGAAUGUGUUUGGAAUAUAAGCAUUGAAGA